CUCUCUCUGCUCCCCACAGGUGGUCUGCGUGGAGGGCCACAUGACCAAAACCCUGGGCUACCUAGAGCUGGGCACUUCAGGGCUCCUCAAGACCCUCCCGUCCGGCGCCUUGAAGCCUCCGCCCCUGCCCCCGGCCCGGCUGUUCUCCGGGGAACCCUCGAAGGCCAAGGCCGGCGCCCUGAGCCCCUGGGCCUGGCCUAGGAACCAGACGGGUGCCGAGCCCCCGGGCCAGCGGGUCCAGCGCAAGCCCUCGCUCAAGACGGGCCGGGCCCGGAAGAUCUUCGGCUGGGGCGACUUCUACUUCAACAUCAAGACGCUCAAGUUUAGCCUGCUGGUGACGGGCAAGAUCGUGGACCACGUCAACGGCACCUUCAGCGUCUACUUCCGGCACAACUCCUCCAGCCUAGGCAACGUCUCCGUCAGCAUCGUGCCCCCGGGCAAGGUGGUGGAGUUCGACGUGCUGGGGCCCCCGCCGGCCUCCGAGCUCCAGCAGGCCACCCUGCCCGAGGCCAAGGAGUCCAGGGCCUUCAACUGCCACGUGGAGUACGAGAAGACCAACCGGGCCCGGAAGAACAAGCCCUGCCUCUACGACCCGGCCAAGGUGUGCUUCACCGAGCACACCCAGAGCCACGCCGCCUGGCUGUGCGCCAAGCCCUUCAAAGUCAUCUGCAUCUUCGUCUCCUUCUGCAGCUUUGACUACAAGCUGGUGCAGAAGGUCUGCCCCGAUUACAACUUCCAGCACGACCGCCCCUACUUCGGCUGAACCCCCUCCCGCCCCCACCCCCCAAAUAAAAACCCAGCUCGCACAGCUGCCGGGGGCGGGGAAGGACCCUGCCUCGCCCUGGUGGGGCCGGAGGAUGGGCUUCUCCAAGCCGCGCGGAAAGAGGGGGUGCCGUGGAAGCGGGCGCGGGGGACGCUGUGGCGAGCCCCUUUGGGGACCUGGGGACCGGACGCUUUGCUCCAUCAGCUACGGGCCUGCGGAACCACCCGGGACCCGGCCAGGCUGGGCGGACGCAGCCAGAUCCCCUCGAACCGUGGUGGCAGG